UUCAAAUUCUCGGCUAUGAGAAAUCCUACCAUGUCUACCAUCGUCAUUCCUCUCUUUCUCGUCUUCCUGCUUGUCCUUUCUUUUGCAUCUCCAGCACCUACGAUCUCUCUGACAAGCCAUUCUUUCCUUUCUGUGGAGGAUGACUCAGACAUCCUCAUCUCACAAGACAAGUCAUUCGCAUGUGGCUUCUACGAAGUUGGCACGAAUGCUUUCACCUUCUCCAUCUGGUUCUUAAACUCCAAGAAUAAGACUGUCGUGUGGACGGCGAAUCGCGACCGCCCUGUGAAUGGUCAUGGGUCCAGAGUUACGAUGCGCGAGAAUGGGAACUUGGUUCUAACCGACUACGACGACACCGUCAUUUGGAGCACCAACAUCAGCUCAACUCGAGAUCAAGCGCAGCUUCUCGAUACUGGGAAUCUUGUUGUAAAGGAUAAAGAUGGUAAAGUUCUAUGGCAAAGCUUUGAUUAUCCCACUGAUACUCUUCUCCCUAACCAGGUAUUCAAUAAAAAUUCUAGUUUGGUGUCCGCUGCUGCUGAUGGAUUACUAUCUUCAGGCCACUACAAAUUUUAUUUUGAUAUCGAUUAUGUUUUGAUACUCAUAUAUGAUACACCUGAAUUUGAUAGCAUCUACUGGCCUGAUCCUGAUCAUAUAGUGUGGGAUGAUGGCAGAUCAGGCUACAACAGUAGCAGAUCUGCAGUCCUUGAUGACAUGGGAAAGUUCGUGUCCAGUGAUAACUUGACAAUCAGAGCUUCGGACUUGGGUCCGGGGAUCAGGAGGAGGCUGACUCUGGAUUAUGAUGGUAAUCUUAGGCUGUACAGCUGGAACGAGUCGACGGAGAUGUGGUCGAUUUCAUGGGUUGCUCUUUCAUCGGCUUGUCUGGUGCAUUCGUUGUGUGGUAGGAAUGGAAUCUGUGUCUACACGCCCACACCCCACUGUACGUGUCCUCCUGGUUUUGAAGUGAACGACCCGAGUGAUUGGAGCAAGGGUUGCAAGCGCAAAUACGACAUCAACUGCCACAAAUCUCAUCAAGUUAAAUUUUUCGAGCUUCCCCACACGGAUUUCUGGGGGUCUGAUGUCAAUUGCACUCCUUCCCUGUCAUUCAGGGCUUGCAGGAAGAUUUGCAAAGUGGACCGUUCGUGCGAAGCGUUCGGAUAUAAGAAGGAAAGUGGGAAAUGUUAUCCAAAGACUGCUCUCCAUAAUGGAAGAAGUCAUCCAGGCGUCGAUAACAACAUAUACAUAAAAUUUCCCCGAUGUGUAGACACCUCAAAACUAUCUUCUUGUCUUCAAGGGCAUGAGCUUGUUUGCAAUCUCACAGAAGUACCGCAUGGCAUCGGUAUCGGGGGAAAAAAUUGGGCCUAUUUCUAUUGGUUCAUAUCAGCAUUUUUUGUAAUAGAGCUUCUUUUUGUGAUAUUUGGUUGGUGGUUUAUGUUCAGGAGGGACAAGCAGUCAGCCCCCAUGGAGGAAGGAUAUAAGGCUAUGUCUACUCAAUUUCGAAGAUUCACUUACAAAGAGCUGAAAAAGGCUACUCGAAACUUCCAAGAAGAGGUCGGGAGAGGAGGGUCAGGAGCCGUGUACAAGGGAGUCUUGGAUGAUGAGAGGAUGGCGGCGGUCAAGAUGUUGGAGGAUGUGAUCCAAGGAGAAGAGGAAUUCCACGCCGAACUGAGUCUCAUAGGGAGAAUAUACCACAUGAAUUUGGUGAGAAUGUGGGGAUUUUGCUCAGAACGCUCACACAGGCUCCUAGUUUCCGAGUUCGCGGAGAAUGGUUCAUUGGACAAGGUUUUAUUUUAUGGUAAUGGCUCCGCUAGCAUUCUAAGAUGGAAUUCCAGAUUAGAUGGACAAUUCAAUAGCAAGCAAGUAUUGAUGAUGGUGGCAAUAGCAGUCCGGUGCCUCGAAGAGGAGAGAAGCAAGAGGCCAUCCAUGGAAUCUAUAGUCCAAAUGCUUCUUUUAUCGGAUGACAAGCUAAACUCCCGUGCAGCAUUUUUCCAAUAA